CCAGCCUCCCGCCCUGACUUCCGCUUCCGGUCCCGCUCUGGGAUUCAUCUCGCUCUCUCUUUCCCCCCGCUUCCUGUUUCCUGGCGCGUCCUCUCUGUGCGGCGUAGAGGACACGGGACGGAGCCGGGCCUGGAGGCGGAGAAGGAGGCGGCUGCAGGAUGUUGGCUUCAAGGGCAUUUAGCCUUCUUGGCAAAAGAGCUAUUUCCACUUCAGUUUGCCUCAGGGCACAUGGGCAUGGCGUUGUGAAAACAGAGGACUUCAGCCUGCCCUCGUAUGUCGACCGCCGGGAUAUCCCGUUGCCGGACGUUGCGUAUACGAAAGCUCUCUCUUCUGGGCAGAAAGCCCUGAAAGAGAAAGAGAAGGCGUCAUGGAGUGCUCUUUCGCUGGAGGAUAAAGUGGAACUGUACCGCAUCAAAUUCCACGAAAGCUUUGCUGAGAUGAACAGGGCUUCCUCUGAAUGGAAGACCAUUGUCGGCGGCAUACUCUUCUUCAUUGGCCUCAGUGGCUUUAUUGUCAUCUGGCAAAGGCUAUAUGUUUUUGGGCCCAUCCCUCACACCUUCUCGGACGAGUGGAAAGCCAUGCAGACCCAGAGAAUGCUGGAUAUGAGGGUGAACCCGAUCCAAGGCUUCUCCGCCAAGUGGGACUACGAAAAGAAGGAAUGGAAAAAGUAAAAGCACUCCAGGGAUCGCCGCUCCCGUCCCAGCUUGAAAAUCUCCAAAAUGAUUCCGUCAUCUCCGUGCGACCGCACUUCUCCUACUGUACGGGGAAUUAACUCUUCCUUGAGAGAGAAAUCUUAAUAAAUGUCUGGUUUACUUGAAAAAAAGGCUUCUCCUUGUCUUAGAAUGCUUUCGGUGUGUAGCCUGUGACAGCUUGUUGAGCCCAUGACGGUUCAAGGCUGAGCGCUGUGUUUUGUGCGUAGCUCCAAAUGCUCAAAAUGGGUCCAAAGAAGAGUUAAAUCCCCCCUGGAUGCUUUUCAGAUGCAAAACAUGCACAGCAAGAUUAAAAAUUACAGUUGGAAAAAAAA